AUGUGCGAAUCAUUCAAUACGACAGCUAGAAGUAUAGGAGGUUUUAAUUCUCAAUUAUCAUUUUAUGAAUAUCCACCAAAUAAACCAUUCAUUAAUUCAACACACCAACCAUUAAGACCAUCACAUAAUUUAUCUAGAACAGUUACAUUACCUGAAUCUAAUCGUGAUCAAUUAUUAACAUCAUUACAAUCAUUAUCAUUGAAAAUAAAAACUCUAGAAAAUGAACGUGAACAAGCUGAAUUGAGUUUGCAUGAAAUAACAGGUGGUUUUUCUCGAUCAUCAAAGUAUCGUCGAGAUCCACAAGAAAAUAUUGAUGAGCAACUUGAAGCAGCUGAAGGAAAUUUUCGUCGUCUACAACAUCAACAUAAACGAGCUCUUCAAAUAUUAAAUGAACAUCAAUCAUCAAAACAUCCAACAAAACGUAAAAAGAAACGAUCAUCUAAAGACAAUCGUAGUUGUGAUUCAUUUACAUCACCAACAAAUGCUGAAGGAAGACAUUAUCAUUUAGAUAUGAAUAAUGUACCGUUUAUACUUGGACAAUCAACAUCACCAAGUCAUAAUGUUAAAUCAAAUGUACAAAAAGUCAUUGCUUUAUUAAAAAAUCAUAAUCGUCAACUAUGUUUAUCAUCUAAAGAAUAUGCUGAUCUUCUUCAUCCUCCUCAUAAAAGCGAAUUAUCUCCACAUACACUUCUUUAUCUUGAUCAUUAUAAAAAACCAUCAAAUCGUCCUUCAUCGGCUUCACCAGUGCGUUCAACUCGUCGUCCAAUUACAACUUCUACAACACGUCGUCCACAAACAGCUUCUACUAUAGAUAGUCAAUGUUAUUCACGUAUAAAACGUCUACGUAGAGAAUAUGCUAUACUUUCUCGUGAACAUGCAAGAUUAUAUUUAUCUCAAACAAGCUCAGAUGAUUUAGAUAUCUUAACUCGAAGAAUGGAAAUUAUUCUUGAAGAAUUGCAACAAUUACAAAGACAAUAUAUGACUUUAUCUCAAAGUCAUAUGGAACAAGAUCUUAAUAAAACACCAAUAGAAACGUUAAGAAGAACAAAAUUACUUCAACUUAUUCUUAAAGAUCCUAUUACUAAACAACAAAAACAUUAA